AUGAACAUGAAACUCACCUUGCUGGACACCGUCGACAAAGACAACAGCCACUUAAGCGACCUCCUAGACAAAUACCGACCAGACCUGAAACCCUACGAAGAAAUCUACCGGCACAUCCACCAGAACCCCGAACUCUCAGGCCAAGAAGAGCAAACGGCAAAAAUCGCCUCCGACCACCUCCAAACCCUCGGCUUCGAAGUCCACUCUAAAAUAGGCGGCCACGGCGUCGCCGGCGUCCUCCGCAACGGCGAUGGCCCCACCAUCCUCCUCCGCGCAGACAUGGACGCCCUCCCACUGGAAGAGAAGACCGGCCUGCCCUACGCAAGCACCCGCACAGCCAAAGACGACCAAGGCAACAGCAAACCAGUCAUGCACGCCUGCGGCCACGACACCCACGUCACAAGCCUGAUGGGCGCCUCGACGCUCCUGCAUGCCGCGCGCGCCCACUGGCGCGGGACCCUAAUCAGCCUCUUCCAGCCAGCGGAGGAGGCGCUGGACGGCGCGCGCGCCAUGCUCGACGACGGGCUAUACGCGAAGGUGCCCUUGCCGGACCUUGUGCUUGCGCAGCACGUCAUGCGGAUGCGGGCCGGGAGCGUGAAUGUGCGGGCGGGCAGGCUGCUUACGGCUGCUGAUGCAUUUGAGGUGCGGAUCUUCGGGCGGGGAGGGCACGGGUCUGCGCCGCAGACGACGAUCGAUCCGAUUGUGAUUGGGGCGUCGAUUGUGGUUAAGCUGCAGACUAUUGUGUCGAGGGAGGUGAGGCCGGGGGAGUUGGCUGUUGUUAGUUGUGGGAGUAUUCAUGCGGGGAAUUCGUCGAAUGUGAUUCCGGAUCAUUUGGAUUUGGAGUUUAGUGUGCGGACUUUUGAUGGCGAGGUGAGGAGGCGUGUGCAUGCUGCUAUUCAUCGUAUUGUGGAGGCGGAGUGUUUGGCUGGUGGGGCGGUUGAGAAGCCUUCUGUGAGGCUUACGUCGUCUUGUCCGGCGACGGUUAAUGAUGAGCGGUCGGUGGAGGCGAUUCGGGAGACGUUUCGGGCGAGGUUUGGGGAUGGCCUGGUUGAUAUGGAGAGGCCGAGUGCUAGUGAGGACUUUUCGUUGUUGGCGACGGAGGCUGGGGCGCCGUAUGUGAUGUGGAUGUUUGGUGGGAUUGAUGAGAAGGUGUGGGAUGAGGCUGUUGAGAAUGGGACUGUGCAGGAGUUGCCGAUGAACCACUCUCCUUUGUUUGCUCCUGUUAUUGAGCCGACUUUGCGGACUGGGAUAGAUGCUUUGGCUUUGGGUGCCUUGACCUUUUUGCAGCAGAAAUGA